CAAGUCGCGCAACAAAAACGUCAUUUCCUAUAAACGUUUUGGGUGACCGGAAGCGCAUCGCCUGGAAGCAACAUGCCGAAGUUUUAUUGUGAUUAUUGUGAUACUUACCUCACCCAUGACUCUCCAUCUGUGAGGAAAACCCAUUGCAGUGGCAGGAAACAUAAAGAGAAUGUGAAAGAUUAUUAUCAAAAAUGGAUGGAAGAACAAGCACAGAGCCUGAUUGAUAAAACAACGGCUGCAUUUCAGCAAGGCAAAAUCCCACCUACCCCAUUCUCUGCUCCUCCCCCUGGGGGAGCAAUGAUACCACCACCACCUAAUAUCCCUGGUCCACCACGGCCUGGUAUGAUGCCAGCACCCCAUAUGGGUGGACCUCCAAUGAUGCCCAUGAUGGGACCACCUCCUCCAGGAAUGAUGCCAGUUGGACCUGCACCAGGAAUGAGACCACCCAUGGGAGGACAUAUGCCAAUGAUGCCAGGGCCACCAAUGAUGAGACCUCCAUCCAGGCCCAUGAUGGUACCAACCAGACCGGGAAUGGCUCGACCAGACAGAUAAAGUGGAAUG